AAGUAAUUGGCUCAGCGGCUGAGCAUAAAGUGCCGGGGAAGCACCUCCCGCUGGGGCAGACCCGGACAAAAGCCAAAGAGAGACAUUUGCAGGUUUUUCAAACGAUUGCUCUAAAUGGCCACAGAAACACUGUCCUGUCCUCCCGCUGCCACUGGGGAGGGCCACGGAGACACCCUUCUGGAAAGCCGGGAGAGCUCACAGGCAUCACAGGGGGAAAGCAGGGACAUGGCUAAAAAUAUUGCCUUGACUGGCUCACCAGAGGACUCCAGUGUCCCCGCUUGGGAUGAUGCCCUCAUUUCCUUUGCUGAGGACCCUGUGGUGGAAGAACCGUCCACCUCCGUGGGGAAGGAUGGCCGUUGUAAUGAAAGCGCCCUCUCUCCCCUCAGGUCUUCUGAGACAUUUAAAACCGCGGACAGUGACCAGGAGCCGAACAGCAGCCAUUUUGUUCUCCAGAGUAAGGAGCCAGAUCUUGUCCUGGAGCAACUUAAAACUGGUGAUAUUUCGAGUUUAUCACCACCCGGGGAGGAUGCUCGUGAUCCUGAGUGCCAAGACAAGACGCCGGAAGCCUUAUCAGAGGGGGUGGAUCCUGCAGAAACCUCAGCGCAGGUGACUGAAGGGGAAGAGGAAAGGCCUCCCAACUACUGUGAAAUCCAUCCAACUGACUCCUCGAAACAGUCGCAACCUUUGGACAUGCCGAGCGAACUGAGUCAAGGAGAUAAGGGAAACCUUUGUGUUGGUUACAGGGACAGCUUCCAAGUUCACUCAGAGCAACAGAAACCUGAUAGCAAUAUCUCGAGUCAACCGGGUGUCGGGGAAGAAAGUGGGGAGAUGAAUUCUCACGGCCAAACUCCGGGGGUUGCUCCAGAGUUUACAGAGCCAACAGAAGCGGCCGGAAGCCCCCAAGAAACUGCCCGCGAUGCAGAAAACGACCGGGACCACCUUCGACCCCGGCCCCCCAUCUUGUUGCUGCAGGAGGCGGAGUCUCCAAGGCAGGCUUUGGAGGGAAGCUGCAGCGACUCCCCCGGUCACGAUCCCAGCGGCGCUUCCUCUCCUGAGCCUCGAGGGGCAUCUGAUGCUGCCGACAUUCGGGCAGGCCUUCAGCCAGGUUGCCAAGAAAUGGCAGACACGGAAGAAGGGGAAAGAGCGCCAGUAGCUGCAGGGGAGGUUCCAGGGGACCCGAAGGGGCCAUUGUCGGAAGAGACCCCAGAGGAUAACUCCCAAGUGUGGGAGAAAGAGCUUGUUGCCCCAGGCAGGGAGUGUGUGGCAGUUGGUAGCUCCCAGGCCCUGGCAUUGGCAGACCCUCUGUCAGGCGCUGGCAUUUGUUGCCAGCAGAGGGCAGCUGGCACAGGUUGGGACACAUUUCCCGAGGCACGGGCACCUCUGUCUCCAGUGGCAACCAGUGACUCCCUUGGGCCUGCCCCUGGGGGUUUGGCUCCCGAAGGUGACAAGGAUGGGAGGGAGGGACCGAACGCUCCUGAAUCCCGGGCAGCCGGCAGCCGGAGCAAAGCUCUGGGGGAGGUUGGAACCGAAGCUGUUGUGGCAUCUCAGGGGGAAGAAGAGGCAGCCGGAAUCGCUGGGCCUGAAGGCACCGUCGGAGAGGCCGUGGGUGCCAAGUUCCUAGCCAGGGAGGUGCCCAGUGUGGAAAGUGGGACUGGUCUGAGUCCUGAAGACCCCUCAGAAGCCAUGGUCCUGGCUUGCUCCGAAGAGUCGCUUGACACCAGGCGUCAGGAAGACUCUCACAAUUUGUCCGGCACCCAAUAUCUGGCUUCCUCCUCUGAGGGGGCUGGCUCGCAGGCGAAACCUGGAGGGGGCGUAUUAUUCCAUUCUGCUGAUACUACAGACCUGGCGGGCACUACAGACCCUGCCUGCGCCACACCCUUUUUGGACGAACGGUCCGGGGCCGGUGGCCCACGCUGCUCCAUGGACUGGAUGGAAAAUGACGCCGGUAGCCCUGAAAACUAUUGCCCCACCGCCGAGACCCCCAUCGAGCGAGAGAUCCGUGUUCACCUGGAAAGAGAAGAGCUCUUGCGGCAGCAGAGGGGCCUGGCUGGCUCUCGGGGGCCCCAGGAGUAUGUCGAAGUGCAGAUCCGGUCCAUCCUGAGCCAGAGCGUGCCUCAGACCCCGCUGCCAAAGGAGAAGGAGCGCCAGUGGGCCGGGGCCCAAAUGCAGCGGGACAUCCAGCGAGAGUGUCAGCGGGAGGAGGACUUGGUGCAGCUGGGGAAGGUCCGGGGGGCCUAUGACCGUGGCACCCCGCAGGAGCUGCAGGAGAAGAAGAUGCUCUUUGAGCAGCAGGCUGCCCCAGGCCCCGGGACCCCCGUGAAGACGGUGGCUGGCAGCUCACAGGGGCACAAGGAGCGAUCCUGUGCUGAGGCCAAUGGUGUCCCCAGCCCGGUGGCCCCGGCUUCUGGUGCCCUGCCAGAGAGACCCUCUGCAGCCAACCCCUUCUUCUGUUUGCGGGCCAAAAGCCCCCAGUCUCUCCUGGAACGGGAGGUCCAAGAGGCCCAGGAGCGAGAAAGGGAACUGCAAAGGCAACGGCACAAGAUCUACGGUGCAGCGCUCCCCCGGCAACCGGAGGAAGCUUUGGAUCAAGAUGAGGAUGUCCCCUUCCAGCCAGAGAGACUGCCCUGCAAGAAACUGGAUGUCACCUGGCCCCCACCUAGCCUGCCUGAGCCCUGCCAGGUGAAUGGCCUGCACCAGCCGGAGAGAAGCCCCCGGAGUCGCCAGAAGAGUUCCUUAAUCCAGCGCUGGGAGUCUGGGACGGUUGGCAACCAGGAGAACCACGAUUAGGGCCCGGCCACGGCAAGAAGUGGACCAGGGCUGCAUCUUGAAAACUCACGAGGCUCCCUGAUGCCUUCCCUCAACCCUGCUUACCAAUGAACCACACCGGGCGCCCCGUGCCUCUGAUACCAGCCGCAGACGUCUCCAAGGACUUGGCAAAAAUGUUCAAAAGUGUUGUUGUGCAGCUCGUUUUAGUGCACCCGUUUAGAGUGGACGGAUUCUCCCAAGUCUCUCUGUGGAGUGCAGAGGGGGGAAUCAAGCUUGGUUCCAAGCAUUGGGGCUCACGUGAGUCCGUGUGCCUGAGUGGAUCCUCUGUCCAGGUCUGACAAUUAGCUGGUCCCAGAUGUCUGGGCAGAGGUGUAUCUCUGCCCAUGCUCAGAGAAGGGGUGUCAUCACAGGACCAGUGUCUGCCAGACUCCUUUGCACCCAUGGGGUCAUGUGAUGGCAAAUGUCCCUAAGCAGCGCCCAUUAAGUCACGUGGGGGGUGGAAAAUCGCCGCCACACUCCCCCCCCCCAUGCAAACAGCAAGUGGCCCCUCAGGGGGUGGCUCAGGUGCGAGCUGUAAGAGCCCGGCAGCCCCGCCCUCCCUGUCAGGCACGAGGACAGCCCCCACACCUGAUAGGGAGGCCAGGGAGGGCAGGAGGCCUGUGGCCCCGGCAGGCGGCUCAGGCACAAGGUGCAAGAGCCCGGUGGCCCCUGGUGAGGUGAGACAGCAAGCCUGAGGACGGCCCCCACGCCUGAUAGGGAGGCCCUGAGUGGGGCCAGGUGGGGGGGGGGCGCCCCUGAAAAACUCAGUUCUUGCUCCAGGCUCGGUGGGGGGGGGGGGACGCAGGUCUUACCCUGGGCUCCACUGGGGGGAACUCAGUUCUUGCCCCAGGCUCCAUUAUCUGUUGAUACGCCACCUCUCAAGCGUGAAGGCCAAGUCCAUCUGCAAAGUGCAGCCACCUGCUUGGAAUACUUCCUAUGAAAUCGCAAGAACAGGGAAAUAAGUCUUCCCGGCACUGUUUCCGUGCAGGAAAGCGGCUUGUGGGGAGGGCAGGGACCCUUCCUCCCCCUGUGGCGGCACUCCAAGCCUGCUGGGUUACAGUGAACUGGUUGCUGAUUAAUUAAAUACCCUAACAUAUGCUUUUGCCCUCGGUGGCCCUGUCCAAGUCUGAAGAAGGGACCUGUAGAACUUGAAAGCUUGCUACUGUGUCUGUAUCUCCAAGCGCAGGAUCCUGAGAACUGAACCGUUCCAAUUUUCUCUGUGAAAAUUUACAGCAACUUUGAUAUUGGACUCGUUGCCAGCCCACAUUUAAUUUGGGCUUUGCAUCUUUGAUUAUUAGCAUAUGGGCUAGCGAGUAGGACUGCCCGUUCUGGCUCAGGAAAUUCCUGUAGACCUGGGUGUAGAGUCUGGAGAUGGUAGAGCAUAGGGUGGAGACGGCCCUCGGGUGGAACGCGGUGCCUCAUAAUCUGUCUUCCAAAGCUCCCCUUUCCUCCCGGGAGAUCGGUUGCUCUAUUCUGGAGAUCAGCUGCGAUUCCAGGGAGAUCCCCUGGCCAUACCUGGAGGCUGGCAGCUGUAGCUAGCAGGGUCACACUCAGGAGAUCUGAAAAGGUUCUCUUGAUCAUUUACAAGGCAAAAUGACACUUUCAUGCAGGGCUAACUAACUACCAGCAAAGCUAGGCCCCAAGUGGAAAGGCAAAAGAGCCGCAAAAUGCAGGCAGUUACUUCCUGUCAUGUCUGCACAAACAUCAUUGACUGCACAUGGGCCCCAGCGGCUGGCCUCUGUGGUGUGGUAUAGUAGUUAAAGUUUCAGACUAGGAUCUGGAAGAACCAGGUUUGAAUUCCUGUUCUACCAUGGAAGCUCCCUGGAUGAUCAGGCCUGGCCUACCUCACACGAUAAUUGUGAGGAUAAAGUGAAUGAGAGGGAAAUGGCGAAAGAUGCUUUGGAUUCCCAUUAGAGGGGAAAUGGCAGGGUACACAUGUAAUAAACGAAUGUUCCGUGGAUCUUCUUGCCCGCUCGCAAUUGCCAGAAAUCAAAGAAGUAGAAGAAGAGAAAAUGUGCACAUUGUCUGGAUUUGCUGGCAGGCGGCCGAGCUCCACUUUCCUUCUUGUAGAGUUUCGCACAAAAGCAAAAGUGUUUCAGGGCAGGGGUGACAAAGUCCUGUUGUUGAUAAAUGAUGUACUGUGAAAAAACAUCUCGGUGUGCAGUGAGUCCGACAGGAUGGUCCUGGUGUUCCCAAAUCCGAGGCACCAGAGCCGUAGCGAGGGAAAACAGUGCCAGAGGCACACGUGUGCCCUGCGCCCUGCCAUGCCCCCGCCCACCCAGAACACCCCAGAAUGCCCACACACCCCCCGCCACGCCCCUGCAUGGCAGGCACCCAGGGCAAGACACCCCCUUGUCUCCUGGGUGCUACGCCACUGCAAGCCACUGUCUCAGGAAUGGAAGCCCUAUCCAACUUCCCCAAGCUGAGUAGUUGCAAGAAUUGUCGGCGAUCCGUCCACAAAGGGGUCUCUUUUGCCUUGAGUUGGGUCUCAGUCCUCAGCCUCGCCCAGACGCCACUGCUUUCCCCAUCCAGCUCCCAAGGGACCCAGAUUCCACUGAGGCAUCACGUCAGUCUCAAUUGUUAGAGCCAAGAUAACGGGUGCCGAUAGAGCUAGAUUAGAGCCCAGCACAGCCCCUUAGAGACCAAGGAGAUUUUGGGAGCGUGAGCUUGAAGUUCAUCGCCCCAAGACCCUGCUGGACUUGAACUUCUUCUACCUCUUCUCCUACAGGCCAACAUGGCUAAUCUCCUGAAACUACCUUCAUGACAGGUGCCAAAAGGUGUCUUUACUGAGGGGUGUGGCCCGCUGGCCAACUUGGGUGCUGCUGCCCAAGGGUGGCAGACGGGUUUGAAGCACGGGGCGUGAUUCGCUGGGAAGGUCAGCAGAAAUGCUACGGGCUCAGCCUGCCUCCAUCUUCAUUGGAGCGUGCCCCGUCUUCACUGGCAUGGGUGUCACCCUGGCAUACGUCUGUGGUAUCGCCUCUUUGGGCCAGGGUUGCUAAUUAUGGGCUGGAAAAUACCUGGAAAUUUGGGAAUAGAGCCUGGGGAAAGGCGUAGGUGGGGUAUAAUCAGUGGUGUAGCGCCAAGGGAGGGGGUGCAACGCACCGUGGUGGGGGUGUUCCGUGGCGGGGGCAUGGCAGGGACGCAGGGGGCAUGCCUGGUCCUGCCGCAGUUCCCCCUCGCUCCGGCCCUGGGUAUCAUUCCACAGAAUCCACCUUCCAGAGCUAUUUUCUGCAGGGGAACUCAUCGUUGUCAUCUGUGGAGCCGUUGUAAUACUGGAUGAUCUCUAUGCCCCACCUGGAAGUUGCAGAAAUUACUCAGUAAUUACUCAACCCUAUCUCCAUUACUCAGUAACGAAGCUGCUUAAUCGAUUGGGGGGGGGGAUAGGAUUUGUCUACUGUAGCAUUCUUUUUUCUAAGUAAUGGCAUUUCAGUGACUUAACGUGGCAUUUUAUACCCAAUAAAAUGUGAUCAAUGGGAAA